CUUCAUAAUUAAUCAACUUACACAAAUCAUGUAAUAUGUACGCCAAUAAUUAGUCGCACAAAUCGAUAUCAAUAAUAAUGUCUGAAAACUACAGCUGCCAUCCUUAGCCAUAAGCUUCUUCCCAUUAUUUCUCCCCCAUAUCUUCUAUAAAUACUCCAUUCCCCAUUCCAUCAUUCCUCACAGUAGCUUCUGCUUUCCUCUCUUACCCAAUUCAUGGCCUCCUCUGUGUCUCCUCUCUCCCCUUCAUUCUUCUCCCUUCUUCUUAUACUAAUAUCUACCUCCUUCGCCGCCGCCGGCAACUUCAACAAUGACGUUGAUAUCAUAUGGGGCGACGGCCGUGGAAAGAUAGUCAAUAACGGCCAGCUCCUCACUCUGUCUCUUGAUAAGUCCUCUGGCUCCGGCUUCCAGUCUAAGAACCAGUUUCUCUUCGGCAGAAUAGAUAUGCAGAUCAAGCUAGUUUCAGGGAAUUCGGCAGGCACUGUCACAGCCUACUAUUUAUCGUCGCAAGGAGCAGCGCAUGAUGAGAUAGAUUUUGAGUUCCUCGGAAACCUCACCGGCGAUCCUUAUAUAGUGCACACCAACGUUUACACGCAGGGGAAGGGGAACAGAGAGAUGCAGUUCUACCUCUGGUUUGAUCCCACCAAAGACUUCCACACCUAUUCCAUCCUUUGGAAUCCCAGCCACAUUGUAUUCUACGUGGAUGGAACUCCCAUUAGAGAAUUCAAGAAUCUCGCGGCGACCAAAGGGGUUCCUUACCCGAACAAUCAGGCCAUGAGACUGUACUCAAGUCUCUGGGAUGCGGAGGACUGGGCAACAAGAGGAGGGCUAGUGAAGACUGAUUGGAAUCAAGCUCCGUUCAUGGCAGGAUUCAGGAACUUGAACGCCGACGGCUGCGUUCAAGGUCCUCUCGCUUCUUCUUCUUCUUGCGGCUCAAAGGCAUGGAUGAAUCAAGCACUGGAUGCAGAGAGCUUGAAGAAGAUGAAAUGGGUGCAGAGCAAUUAUAUGGUUUAUAACUAUUGCAGUGAUGUGAAGAGGUUUCCGCAGGGACUUCCUCCUGAGUGCUCUGCAAAGUAGAUGGAGAAGAAAUAUAGUUCAUAUGGUGUUGAUUGGAGUUUGUGAAUAGUAAAGGUUAUUGUUUUGAUGGGAAGUCAAUAAGCUUCUGUGUUUAGUUUGUUAAUGAAGAAUUGCUCGUUUGUGACUCGAAGCUUCUUCUUGGUACUUCGAAAGUUAAAAGGUGGCCUCAUGUUUAUCCUAAUCAAAAUUUGAAAAAUUCUAUCAACAGAAAA